AUGAUGCAGAACAACAACAAGUCGUCGGCUCAGAAGACGGGGGUGUGGUGGGACAUGGAGACGUGUCAGGUUCCCCGUGGCUACGAUCCUUAUCAUGUCCGUCAGACUAUAGAAUCGGCGUUGAAAGAGUACCUUCCUUUCACCAUCUCUGCCUUUGGCAACCUAAAACGCGUCGCUCCUCGCGUCUUGGUACCGCUCUUUUCCACUGGAAUCCAUAUGAAACACGUCAUCAACGGUUCGGCGGACAUUGCGAGUGAUAUGUUAACGUGGGCACGUAAUAAUCCACCUCCGGCAACGUUAAUUCUCAUAUCCGAUCAUGAAGAAGCCUAUGUUGCAAGUGGGGUCAUCCCCGAGUUAAGGGACCGGGGAUACACGAUUCUUCGUGUAUUUGGAAAUCUUCCGAAAUUUUCGCCCAAUUACUAUCAGCAAACGCGGCUCUGGAAACACUUGUUUUCAGGCGUUUUGAAUAUGGAUUCAGGGUCUGAGGAUGGCAAGCAGGAGAAGGUGGUUACGGAGAGGUGCAGUGGAACUGGUUGGAUUUGCCAGCUAUGCUUUGUUACUGAUUCUGAUGAACCUAUUGCUGGCGAAAGCUUUGAAAGUUUGAUCAGCCAUUUCAAGAGUCUGGAACAUGCAUUUCAAGAGUGGUCUAGUGUACCUCGACACGUGUCUUGCUAUGAAGGGGUCACCUCCGAGGCAAGUUUGAAGGCCGAUGUGCCACUCUUUUCUUAUUUUGUAAGAGCUUCGAAUGUGAAUGUCUCCAUUUCAAAAGCUGACCCACUUCUAUCUUUUUUUUCUUCUCAGGAUUGGAGUCUUGUGCCUGGAAACUGGCCUAUUAAGAUUAAGAAGCAUACAAAGGCAAGUUUGAACAGCGAAUUUUGA